AUGGCGGAAAUAGUGUCAAUUGAGGCAGAGAUUAUUAGACCACAAACACCUGAAGACCGUUCGAAUUAUACAGAUUCCAGAAAUCCUGCGGGUCCACUUGCCUUAUUCAAUGUAGAAGAUACCACUUGGUUGAAGAUUUCGAGGAAAGGUGACUUUGAAUUCAAGAUCUUUGCAAGAAAACAAGAAAAUGGAAAAUUUGUGUAUCAGGUCAAGGAUCCAAAGACUGGGGCUUUGUAUAAGGAAGAUGCCAUAAUUCAGCUCAUUAAUUCAGCAAGAGUCGAAAAUAUGACUUUAAACACGUUGCCAUUGUUCAAUUUCCCGUGUACUUCACCUACCACUUCCACUAAAUUUUCUGAAGGAAGCACUUUUGCGACAAAUUCAUCUACUCCUACAACCAAAACGCUUUCUCAAUAUCGAGAAAAGCUCACUCAAUGGCAUCCUUGGAGAAUGUCGAAAUCUAUUAGUGAUGACAACCUACGAGAGCCGCAUGUGAGAACUCUGUCUGAACAUCAAAAAAGCUACCGAUCUCUAAGUACAUUUCUCGACAGCGAUGAGAACUUCAAGAUCUAUCGACGUUUCGGAUAUCUACAUUCGCGUUUACUUCUCCAUAGACAGGACGAAAUUCGUCGACUCGAAAUGGAACUCGAUGAACUAGACGAUCUUGAUGAAGCAGAGAACGCACCCGAUAAGAGACGCGCACGAUCUAGAAACGCAGAUAUAGCAGCCGAGAAAAAGGAACUUGCUGAAGAUCCAACAAUUCGGACAAGGACUAUAGUCUUGGCCGAGAUAGAAGGAAAGUUAGCGGCUUAUGACGAGCUACUACUCCGGUCUCAGCAUGUGAAUGCCAUGAACCGUCCUGCUGAUAGUGAUUAUCGAAGCGUUGAGCGAUAUAUUUUUGACAAGAGACCUCUCGUCGAUGAGGAGCAAGCAUUUAUAUAUGAGAAAAAUGAUCUCAUCACUUUGCGUGAGGGGAGAGAAGGGGCAUAUCUCGAUACCAUGACUGAAAGGUUCCUCCAAAUCUUUCAUUGUGCAUUCUUACAAUCAAUUUUUUGCACCUCAGAAGACCGACAAAAGACAACAGAUCCAAAUCUCCACUUCUACAGUAAAUCUCGAAAAGACACAUUCGUAACCAGUCUUCUCGUUCUGGUCUUACUCCUACUUCUGAUUCUCCCAGUAUUUCUUCUAUAUCGCCUCACCGAGCACCAUAACUUGAAUAUCACGUAUACAGUUAGUAUUGGUGUGCUACUUGUUUUCACACUUUUGUUUUCCGCUGUUUUGUCACUCUUUACACAGGCCAAAAGGCAUGAGAUCUUUGGUGCUGCUGCUGGAUAUUGUGCUGUAUUGGUAGUAUUUAUUAGUAAUAUUCCGAACGCUAAUUGAUAAUCGGGCUUUCGUCCACGCAAAGUCACUUGACUGUAUUAUUACUUUUUGUGAAAGAAAAUGGGAAAAGCAUUGAUCAUCACUGGAGGAUGUCGAGAAAUUUACGGUCGACUUAU